GAUAAUCAUUGUAAAAAUCUUCAUUGUAGUUCCAGCUAUAACACUAGGACUAAUAGUAGCGAUUGUGAUGUGGGAGAAGUAAGGGAGAGAGAAGGAAUUCCUGAUUUAGAAGAUGAAACAGAACAAGGUUCAAUGGACACAGGAUUUGAUGAGAAGGGGUUGAAAAGAGCGAAUCUCAACUCAGGUCAUGGAAUUUCAUGUGCAACACGAUUAAGUUCUGAUAGAGAUGCAUUCAUGGAUGGAGAAAAAGCACCUAAAGAUAGCUGCAAUGUCACUGAGGAAGAGAUUGGAGCUGAUUCUGAAGUAGUUGCGUCAAAGAACUUGGAGCAUGGGACAAUGGAAGGUGAGAGUUAUGAUGCAGAAGAAGCAAUGGUACUAAGCAGUAAAUCUCUAGGAGCAAGUUGUGUUUCCUCACCAGUUUGUGGUUGUCGAGUGGGUCUUAAGGAAGCAAUAGAGGAUAUAAAGGACGAAUUUGAAAAUUUAUUUAAUUUUGGAAAAGAAUUCUCAGCAAUUAUUGAGGCAGGCAAGCUACCGUAUCACUCCUGGAGCACCAGGUUAAGGGGUUUUGCUUCUCCUUUCCUGGGACUGAUUUUUCCUUCAGUACAGAAAUGUUUGCACCCUUCUUCACAUAUUCUGUCAGACCAAAUAACUCGUAAAGGACAGCUGCUGUGCAGUACUAACAAGACAAACAAUCAACGACAUGUUUUUGCAAAAUUUGUUGAGCUUUCAGCCAUUUUGGAGCAGCUGUAUAUGUGGGGAAAAAGACUUUACAGGGAAGUUGUGGGUGAAGAAAAACUUCGGAUUCUCUAUGAGAAGAGAUAUAAGAGGCUCAGAGAUCUGGAUGGUCAUGGUGCUGAAUCAGAUAAGAUCAAUGAUGCCUGGGCCUCUGUCAGACAUAUGCAAUCUGAAAUUAAUAUAGCUGUUGCAUCUAUUAGUGUGGUAUCAAGAGAGAUAGACAAGUUAAGAGAUCAAAAGUUGCUUCCUGAACUCUAUAAACUAAUUGAAGGAUUAAUCAAAUUGUGGAAGUAUAUGGGUUCAUGCCACUUGAAACAAUUCCAAAUCGUCACGAAGGCCAAAAGUCACGUACAUAUUUUAGAUCCAAGUAGGAAUCGUUCAAACCCAGGGGCUACUUUAAGACUGGAAAGGAUGAUCUUGAACUGGGGUAUAUGCUUUAGUAAUCUUGUUAACACACAGAAGGACUUUGUGAAGUACUUGAACGAGUGGCUUCUAAGGUCUGUGCUCCGAGAACCUGAAGAAGUUGUAAAUGGGACUGCCCCUUUCUCUCCAAGCAGGAUCGGAGCUCCUCCCAUUUUCAACUUAUGCAACGACUGGUACCAUACUAUUGACUCAAUUUCAGAACUGGGAGUUUCGAAAGCCUUUUCUGAUUUUGCCUCAAGCUUGAACCAUUUAUAUGAGAAGCAGAAAGAGGAACAAACACAAAAAGCUGGAGUGGAUUACCUCCUGAGGGACUAUGAGGACAGGCUUAAAAUUCUUCAUAAGAAGAAUCGCGUGAGUUUUCACUAUAAUUUCUCUCCUAUCAUGGCAGCCUUGAGGGAUGGCGAAGAAGCUGAAGUUCCUUUAUUGGAGGGAUUUGAUGAGAGUUUAACAGUGUUAGGGAAAAUAUUGGUUGAACAGAGAGCAAAACACCGAGAGGUUAUAAGACAGGUCAAUGACACUGCUUCAUGUUGCUUACAAGUGGGUUUAUCUCACAUUUUUGAGGCAUUGGAAAGCUAUUGUUCAGAAAAUCUGACAGCCUAUGAGCUGCUUAGACUUCCAAAUGCUGCGUCCCAUGCGUAACAUUUCUUGAUCCGGGAACGCUUGAAUUUUGACAGGAGAAGAGUGUGUGUGUGUGUGUCAUCUACGAUAUAUUCGAGCGAAGAAUGAAAAUUAGGGUUAUGUUGGAAGGAGAGUAUAAAUCGAUUUUUUUUUUAGAAGAUGAUGGAUUGAUGGGUCCUUCGCUGCUAGACCCUUUCUUUUGAGAGACUUAAUGGGGCAUUAAUUUCUUCUUGCAGCUGAUGAUUUUAUUUAGGCCUUUUGGCAAAAACUAUGGUGGAGUGAAAUAUAAAGAUGGAUUUGAAAAAUGUGAAAGAGAAAGCAGUGUUUAAUGGGUUA